AUGGUCGAGGCCGCUAUUCUCAUCGUCGGGGCAUACCUGAUCGGUUCAAUCCCAACUGGCUAUCUGGUCUCCAGGUAUGUGGCGGGAAUCGACAUCAGGGACUACGGCUCUGGCAACGUAGGGGCUUCUAACGUCAUCGAACACGUGGGGAAGUGGCAGGGCAUUCUGCAGGGCGCGUUCGAUUGCCUGGUUAAGGGCCUUCUUCCAGUGGCGCUGGGAAAGCUGGUUGGCUUGGACCUAUGGGUCCUGGGCGCUGCCGGACUAGUCGCGCUCGUGGGGCACAACUGGUCUCCGUACCUGCGACUGACCGGCGGCAGAGGAGUUUCAGUCGCCGUCGGAGCCGCACUCGGACUUGGCAUGUUCUGGGAGAUAUUGAUUCUGGGGCUCGCAGUGUUCACAAUAGGUAGACUGCUCACGAGAGACACCGGAUUCUGGACAUUUGCCGCGUUGCUGGCCCUCCCCGUCACCAGCAUUGCGUUCAGGCGUGAGUCUGAAAUCAUCCUCACCAUUGCCCUGAUCUGCCUCAUGAUGUUCUUAAAGAGACUGACAGCCAACUGGGAACCUCCUCCGUUAGAGUACCCACUGCGGAGAGUUCUCAUGUAUCGGCUCGUGUGGGACAGGGAUGUUCCAAAGAGGGCAGAGUGGACGGAACGUCGUCCUGACUGA